UCUCCGGGAAGGUGACAGCGGACGAGGAAAACAUGGCCGCCGCCUAUCUCACGCACCACCAGAAGGUGUUGCGCCUCUACAAGAAGUCCCUCCGACACCUGGAGUCAUGGUGCAUCUUCAGAGACAAAUACCGGUUCUACGCCUGCAUGCUGCGAGCUCGCUUCGACGACAGCAAAGACGAGAAGGACAUGGUGAAGGCCACCAUGAUGCUGAAGGCGGGAGAGGAGGAGUUCUGGACCAACCAACACCCCCAGCCCUACAUCUUCCCCGACUCCCCGGGAGGGACGUCCUACGAGAGAUAUGAGUGUUUCAAGGUCCCAGAAUGGACGCUGGACCACUGGCACCCCUCCGAGAAGGCCAUGUACCCCGACUACUUCUCCAAGAGGGAGCAGUGGAAGAAACUGAGGCUGCAGAGCUGGGACAAAGAGGUCGCCCAGCUGCAGGCUGAGACUCCAGCCGGAGGCCCCAAGAACGAGGUCCUCCCUCCUGCCCGCAACGAGGGAGAACUCCCCCCUCUGUGGUGGCAGUACGUCACCCGCCCCAGGGAGCGCCCCACAUAAACACCCUCCACCUCCCGGGAUCCGGAAACAAUCUUCAACACACAACAACGACAACAACCAGAGCAGCAGCACGACGACUGGCUGAAUUAACAUAUUUCUGUAAAGAAUGUUUUGUGAGUCGAUCAUCUGUGCAGGUUGCACGGCUGAGAAAACAACCUGCUUGAAUUCACGCUGAGUUGAGACUUUGGGAAGUCCUGUAGAUGUAUCGACUAUUACCUGUAACUAUUCCAAUAAAUAAUUAUAUGAUGUAAAA